CGGACACCGCCGAAUCAUAACAAUGUCAGCGUUUAUGAGGCUCUUAUGUCAGUUAUGACAUUGUCUUGACGUUGCCUGCGUUUCUGUCAUCAAAAUUAUUGUAGAUCUACUAGUAGCAGUAGGACAGGUGGCUUUUUUCAACCGCUAAGUUAGUUACUCUUUCAGCGUUCUCGGCGAUAUUUGUUCUGGCUAGUGAGUCUGCGAGCCUGCGAGCCGGUGUUCCAACUAAUUACUUGCAAGGCCAGUUGGUUGGUGCAGCGCUUGGUUUGUAUGAACACCGAUAUUACCCUGGACCGAUACUGCCGUCGGUCACAAUCUGGUAUCUCUGAAUGGAUUGCAAACGAACUGUAUCAGUUGCCCACGUCUUGUAGUCUUCAUUGGGUCACAAUACAUUAGUAGCCCGUAAUGAAGCUAGCAGGGCACUACUUGGAAUUAGUGGCUUGGAAACGCCAAUGUUCCGGCAAUGCUCCGUCGAAUUUAGCUGAAGCUAGCAGACUCAUGUGGCAGCGACAUUGCGGACAGAUGGGGAUGGUUGGUGGAUUGAAAAGUUGACCAUAGCAGUUGAUAGUAUUUCCUGCAGCAGCAGCAGCAGCAGAAGGAUGCAGCAGCUGUCUUGCACCAGUUACUUCUGAGCUCCCAGAGCGGUAACUCACCUUAGUCAUAGUGCAGACUGCACUGGCACCUCAGCAACGAACUAUUACUGUAUUAUUAUAUUACGCAUAGCCAACCCAGACUGGUUGCCAGACAUUAUAAUUAUAUCGUUGCAUGUGCUGGAGGCAAAAUGGCAGAUGGAAGAGCCGAAACGAAAUCCGCGUCUGAGGCUGGGAGCAACGUACAAGUAGGACAGUGGAGGAAGCAAUCAGGCCGUGCACUGUUGCAGCUCUGUGGAGCAUUCAUGUUAUACUGGGUCAGUUACGGAACUGAUCUGUCGGAUGGAAUCAUUUACGCCAGACUCAUUCUACCUCCAUGUGAUUCAUCGAACAACACUGUACGGCAGGAAAGUGGCACUGACAGGAGCAACGGGACAAUGGCGACUAGUACUUCCUGGACUGAUAUGGCCACAGCGAGGCUCAUCAUCUCUCCCUCUCCCUUGGUUCUGAACAAUGAGACGAAUCAGAGUGUACCCCUCCAGCCAUGUGGUGGAUUUGGUGAAGGUGCCUCAAGAACAGCUUGGAUCACAUCUCUAUCAUCAGCUGUGCGUGUUGGACUGGCAUUCAUGGGUGGUGUCUUCAUCGAUGCAUGUGGUGUUCGGGCGACGGUCAUUGUUUCCAGCGUCUUGUUCAGUCUUGGACUCGUCCUCAGUAGCUUUGGGACGCAGCUGUACCAUCUCUACUUGGCAAGAGGUAUCCUGUCAGGAAUGGCUUCAGGAGUUAUCUUCUCCACGCCAAUCCACUGUCUGGCCUUGUCAUUUGACAAUCAGAUUGCUCUGGCCACUGGAAUAGCCUACACUGGAUCGGGAGUUUGUGCCAUUGUGUAUGGGUAUCUCGGCAAGGAAGUGGUUUCUGCCGGCGAUUGGCGUUGGUAUUAUCGAAUGGUCGCUUUCUUUGGUCUGCUGUGCAUACCAGCAGUUUACCUAAUGGAUAUGAGGCCGCCUUCUCCUGAUAUCAAGAGCCCUCCAGACCAUUAUGCCGCAGAAGGGCAUCAAGAAACUGGUGUAAAGGUGGCAUGCUCACGGGUGCUUCAAAGAUUAAGGCAGGGAUUCCGAGACUUAUUUGAGUCGCUCAAGAAGGGCAGCGUCUUGUACCACGAUGUGAACUUCCUCCUGAUGAGUGGAUGUUACUUCCUGUAUGCCAUGGGAUAUUUCUUUCCUUUCAUUUCAUCGAGUCACCGUUCCAGAGCUCUUGGCAUACAGAGCUCCGAUGUGUAUCUGCAAGUGGCCUACAUUGGGUUUGGAACAAUAGCCGGUUUUCUUCUCUGUGCUGCAAACGGCCUAUUGCUCAUUAUGCGCUGUACUCUCUUCCAGGCCCUAUGUCUGGCUGUGAUGGGCUCAUCUAUGCUUCUAAGUAUCCUGGUCGAGACUGAGAGUAGCCUCACUGCCUAUAACAUAUUCUACUCUGUUAUCAGCGGUGCAUGCUCGGCAGCAUGUGGCCCGGCAGCACGUGAAGUGGUCUCGGCUGAGAUGACCGUGCACGCGUUUGGCCAUCUCUACCUGCUAAGCUUCCCAGCCAUGGCACUCGGCCCACCAAUAGCAGGAUGGAUUUAUGACCUUACUCAGAGCUAUACGCUGCCAUUGGUGUUUGGCGGUUUGGUGCUGUUCCUAGCAGCAGCCAUGAUACUCAUUGCUGAUGUUCGCAUCUAUCGACAGCGGAACCGAUCUGCAACAAUGGAUAAACGCAAGCAUUCAGAUGGCGCCAUUGCACUUACAGGUCGUCAGCUGCUCGACACCUGGGUUGAAACCAGCCUGUGAAACCGAGGCCAAGUUCUACAUCAGAGAUGCUGUUCCCGGUUUCAAAGCAGUUUUGGAUGGCACGUUUAUUGAUUCCUGGACGGAAAUGCAUCGCUAAGGCAUUAAUUUAUUCCAUAUACAUCUCCUGAGAUUUAAGAUGGUUGGUAUUCUUCGUCUUGAGCUUCAGUUCAACCUUAGAUUUUUUCCUUUAUCUCCCGCUACGUGCACAAUGAUAAUUGCUGUGUGAGCUGUUCACUCUUUUGCACUGCCACCUGUUGAGGUAUAAUAUUAUCAUCUAGACCCUCUAGUCUUAAAAUGUAAAUCACCGCAGCCACUUGAAUGCUGGUGUGAAGAUUUAAAACAGACAUUAGUAGUACAGGUAGUUGCUGUAUCUUGAUUUGACGUUGCUAGUCAGUGAGUUGUUUUCCAAUCCCUAUUUAAUUAACCUUGACCUAUGCUGGACAAGUCGUUUAAGUUUAAUGCAUACUAGACUUGUUCAUGCUCUGUAAAAAGAGACAGAAAACGGCUGCUGUGACAGUAUCUGCAGGGUCGUCCACAUCAA